UCUCUGCAGGACGCCAUGGCUACUCUCAAGGAGAAGCUGAUGACCCCUGUUGCUGCGGGAAGCACGGUCCCGAACAACAAGAUAACUGUUGUGGGGGUUGGACAGGUUGGGAUGGCCUGUGCUAUCAGCAUCCUUGGAAAGGAUCUUUGUGAUGAGCUUGCUCUGGUUGAUGUUUUGGAAGACAAACUAAAAGGAGAAAUGAUGGAUCUACAGCACGGGAGCUUAUUCCUUCGCACUCACAAGAUUGUGGCAGACAAAGACUAUGCUGUCACAGCCAACUCUAAGAUUGUGGUAGUAACUGCAGGAGUUCGUCAGCAAGAGGGGGAGAGUCGUCUCAACCUGGUUCAGAGGAAUGUGAAUGUCUUCAAAUUUAUCAUUCCUCAGAUCAUCAAAUACAGCCCCAACUGCACCAUCCUUGUGGUUUCCAACCCAG